CACCUUUUUUUUAGGGCAAAAAAAAUUAAGGCCAGCCUCGUUUAUCAACACUCGCAAGUCGCAACAGGGGAAACAGAGCAACCCAUAUGUGAAGGCAAAAAAAGCAAGAGAGAGAGACAGAGAGAGAAUCAGAAAGCAAGGAAAGAAAGAUAAUAAAGAGGGGAAUUCAAGGAAGAAGAAGGGUUUCUGUGUAGUUGGGACUGGAGACCAUGCAGACAGCGGAGCCUCCUCAAAACUCGCAACAGCUAAUGGUGCAGAGCUCGGGAAGCCUCAGUUUCAACAGCAACUUAUCCAAAGAAGACGAGGAGAUGUCAAGGUCUGCUCUCUCUACUUUCCGGGCCAAGGAAGAGGAGAUUGAAAGGAAGAAGAUGGAGGUCAGAGAGAAGGUUCAAGCGCAGUUGGGCCGUGUUGAAGAAGAAACCAAGCGUUUGGCCACGAUUCGUGAGGAGCUUGAAGCGCUAGCCGAUCCCAUGAGGAAAGAAGUUGCAUCCGUCCGCAAGAAGAUUGAUGCAGUGAACAAAGAAUUAAAGCCAUUGGGGCAUACCUGCCAGAAGAAGGAGAAAGAAUACAAAGAAGCUCUUGAGGCAUUCAAUGAGAAGAACAAGGAAAAAGUACAACUUAUAACCAGGUUAAUGGAGCUGGUGGGUGAAAGUGAGAGGUUGAGGAUGAAGAAGCUGGAGGAGCUGAUGACACAUGCCGAACUGGAUUCUCCCCCCAUUACGAGAGAGGUCCUGCCAUUUGAGCAGCUACCAAUAACAACGGUUGAUGAUAUCAACAAUUGAGAGGUCUCUCGAUUCUCAAAUCAGCAUUAUAUGUAUAUCUCUUAUGCCGAGUAGUUAGUGUUCAUAUUGUGUUAGGCUACAGUUUAUCGUAUCCAAAUCGAUUUCAUUUCAUCAGUCUUAAAAUACAUAGAUGAAUGUUUUCAUAGACGAGAGAGAGCAUUUAUCAAUUUAAUUACUCAUAUUACCCCUUUUUUUU